ACAGAAGAUAGAUAGAACCUUUAUCACAAACCCACCCCAAGCUUCAUAUCAUAGUCCACACCAUUACCCAAAGACCAUACCUAAACUUUCAUUUGCAUACAAGGUAAUCAGGUUUUCUUUUGUUGUAUACUAGCUCCAUUUCCACUUUUUAGUUCCAAAACAAAGUGCUUCUCUACCGACUUGGUUUCAAAUUGCAGUCCGCAACCACAAUUUAAAAGGGUCUUUUAGUCUCGUAACAUUAUACUACAACACAAUUGUGGCAGCAUCAACUUAGUUAAUUAUCUGCCAUUUUGUGAGAUAAGCGGAAUCAAAACCACCACUGCAACCACAAUUUAAAACCUGAUAGCAAAAACUUUCCUUUGGAGGCUAUGUGUUGCCAUUGUAACAUGAGGAAGGACGCCGGAUUCGAGCAUGUUCUUCGGUAUUUUGAUGAAGAUGGAGAUGGAAAGAUUUCGCCUUCCGAGCUCAGGCAACGGUUGGGUGAGAUGGGAGGGGAGCUUUUGCCGAGAGAAGCGGAUAUGGUGAUUGAGGCGUUGGAUUCGGACGGUGAUGGGUUGCUAGGUUUGGAGGAUUUUGUUACGUUGAUGGAAGCUGGGGGAUCAGAGGAGCAGAAGUUGAAGGACUUGAGAGAAGCUUUUGAGAUGUAUGAUACUGACAAGAGUGGGUUUAUAAGCCCCAAGAACUUGAAGAGGAUGUUUAAGAAGAUGGGGGAGUCCAAGUCCAUUGAUGAGUGCAAAGAUAUGAUCAAUCAUUUUGAUUUGAAUGGGGAUGGCGUGCUUAGCUUUGAAGAAUUCCGAAUCAUGAUGCAGUGAUCCUAUAUAUGUUUGAUUUCAUGCUGUCUAGUAUAUAGGUUGGAUUUAUUGAUUUCUUUUGGACUCAAAGAGUAGACACGCAAAGAGCACGAAAAUCCACAUGUACUUUUUUUUCUCAUUUUUUAUAACAUUAUAUAUCAUAUAUCACAAUUAUUAUUUAUCUCUUUUUUUCUUA